AUGACUUGUUCUGAACCAGAAUUAUUUCCGAACGAUCCAGGCAAAUUCCCUGAUCAUUUAUCAAACGAAAUGUUAUGUUAUAUUAUGCAAUAUGGACCUUGCCAGCCAUCACCAUGGGAAUUGUCAAAUAAAAUUUUUCCUAAAACCAAAUAUUUAUCCGGAAGAUUAAGAUGUUUCCAUCAGUCAUAUUAUUAUAAAUCAGUGCCAAAUAAUGCUCCAGUAAAUCGAACUUGGUUAUCUUACUCUCUAUCAUUAGACAAAGUCUUUUGUAUCUCAUGCAAGUUAUUUGGCUUAACUAAAGCAAAAAAAUUGCUUCUUGCUCAUGAAGGUUGUAACGAUUGGAAAAAUUUAAACAGAAAUUUAAAUAAUCAUGCACACACUACGGAACACUUACAAGCAGAAAUAAGUCGUUCUCUGUUUUCAAAAAAUAUUAGAAUUGAUAUACACCUACGUCAUUCUAAACAUGCAAUCAUUUCAGAGAAUCGAGAAAUUGUUCGAACUAUUAUUAAAGUUUUAAUUCUAGCUGCUAGACAAAAUAUAGCUCUGCGAGGUCAUGACGAAACAAUAUCUUCACAAAAUCAAGACAAAAUAUGGUCAACAAAAGAUAAAAAGAAUCGUUUAACAUUCAUGUCACAUGAAGGUCAGAACAACAUUUUAAAUAUUCUUGGAAAUCAAGUUCGCUCAGUUAUAAUAAAGGAUUUGAUCAGUGCUAAUUUGUUUGCUAUUAUUAUUGAUACAACUACAGACAUCUCUAAUAAAGAGCAGUUUUCACUUAUAGUGCAUGAAGCUUCAGAUGCUUCUGGUAAAGGCAUGUUUGAUACAUUUUGUGCUAUCUCAGAAAAGUAUCAAAUCAACUGGAAAGAAAAAUUGUGUGCUCAGGCAUACGAUGGAGCUGCAUCCAUGCAAGGAGUUUAUUCUGGACUAAAAACUUUCAUACAAAAAGAAAAUCCCCGGGCAGUCUACAUAUGGUGCUUUGCUCAUAUUUUAAAUUUAGCUAUUGUUGAUACUUUAGAUAGUUCAACAGACACUAGAAACUUUUUUGGUGAUCUACAAGGACUAAUCGGUUUUAUGAGAGCUCGGAAACGUACUGCUAUAUUCUAUGAGUGUCAAAAAAAAUUGAACGUAGGAACAAAAGCCAAAGACCGAAUAAAGAAGCUUAAAACAUUUUCUGACACACGUUGGACAUCUCAUGAUCGAUUGGUUUUGAUAAUUCAUGACAAAUUUGAUGCUCUCAAAGAAGCUCUUAAAAUACUUUCAGAUUCAACCGAUAGAGUAACAUCAUCAAAUACCCGUAUAUUUUUAACAACAAUUUCUUCUUUUAAUUUUGUUCUUAUUAUGAAACUUAUGAAACAGUUGUUUGCUAUAACAACUCCUUUAUCUUGUUACUUACAAUCUAAAUCUAUUGAUUUUAUUCAAGCCUAUAAAUUAGUCGAUAUGGCAAAAAAAGAAUUAGAAAAAAUGAGGUCUACGGAAAAGUUUCAAGAACUUGUAGAGGACACUAAAUUAUUUGCAACUGAAAAUAACAUUGAUGAGUGUGAUUUCAAGGAAAUUAGAAUUCGCAAAAGAAAAAUAUUUGAUGGAGAACAAAUUUCUGCUGAAAAUUUUGAUUUAGUAUCAGAAAGUUCAACAUUACCAACUUCUCUUCAUAAAUACCAACCAAAUGAACCAGAUACACUUUCUAAUGAAGAGAUAAUUUCAUCUGACGAAGAGUCUAUUGAAUCUCAUGAUUUAUCAAUUGAUCUAGGAGUAAAAAAAGAGACUGUACUAGAUGUGAUGCAACUUUUAAGUAACCAUGAUUUACAUACGGCGUUUGUUUUUGGCCUAUCAAGGGUUAUGCACAUUGCUAGCAUCAUCAGCUUCUGCUGA